ACUCAGCCUCCCUUCCCCAGUUGUGACAGCACUGGAGCCUUUCGGACACCUGGACCAUGGACCCCAGGGAAUGUGUCUGUAUGUCUGGAGGAAUCUGCUUGUGUGGAGACAACUGCAAAUGCACAACCUGCAACUGUAAAACGUGUCGGAAGAGCUGCUGUCCCUGCUGCCCCCCGGGCUGUGCCAAAUGUGCCCGGGGCUGCAUCUGCAAAGGAGGCUCAGACAAGUGCAGCUGCUGCCCGUGAAACCCAUCCGUCGUGCCACCCCUUCCAAGGAGAGAAACCUGGGAAGUGUCUAUACAGUGCAUGAAUCGAGAAGGUGGAAUAAUUGUACAAUAGGUUGUGUUUUUUAUAUAUUUGCCCAAAUGUGGUGUUGGUCACAUUCAUGUAAAGUACU